AUGCAUGUCUUCAAUGCCAGCUCAGUGCACAGUGCUCCAGGGGUCACAUUGUGGCGUCCGGAAGAAUUGAAAAAGGAUUUAAAUGUGAGGCCACAGCCCAAGACAGAUUUUGAGAUCAUUGCGUCUGACACCAUUGAGGACAAAGCCUCAGCCCUGGGCGUCUCAGCCGAACUGAAGGCCAGUUUCAUUGGGGGGCUGGUGGAAGUUGGUGGUUCUGCAAAAUACUUUAAGGACACCAAGAAAUCCAAGCAGCAGGCCAGGACAACACUUCAGUACUCAACUACGACUCGGUACGAGCAACUGAGCAUGAGCCACUUAGGACCAGAGAACGUCUCCUACCGUACAGUGUUUGACCAAGGCACGGCCACCCACGUGGUCACCGCUGUGCUGUACGGGGCUCAGGCCUUCUUUGUGUUUGACAAGCAAGUGUCUUCAUCUGAGGACAUCCAGGAGAUACAGGGAGAGCUCCAGGUUAUGAUCAAAAAGAUACCACUGGUCUCCAUAGAAGGGAAAGGGUCCCUCAAAAUGGAUGACAAAGAGAAAGCCCGGGCUGACCAAUUCAGCUGCAAGUUUCAUGGUGAUUUUGCUCUUGAGAGCAAUCCGGUGACUUACGAGGAUGCCAUGAAAAUUUAUGCCACGCUCCCCAAGCUGCUGGGUGAAAAUGGGGAGAAGGCCGUGCCCGUGAGAGUUUGGCUGUACCCGCUGACCAAGCUGGACUCCAAAGCUGCUCAGCUGGUCCGUGAAAUCAGUCUUCAACUGAUCUUUGAUGCCCAAGAGGCCCUGGAGCAACUGGCAGAAGUAGACAUGCGCUGCAAUGACCUGGUGAGCAACCGGAUUGCCACGACCUUCCCUGAGAUCAAGACAAAACUGCAGCAAUUCAAAACCAUGUGCAAGCAGCACAGGCAGAUUUUCCAGAAAGAGCUGGCAGGAAUCUUGCCCUCCAUCCGUGCAGGGGGGAAAGAGGAGCAGGCCCUGGCGGACAUUUUAGUUGGCAUGCAGCAGUCCCCAUUCAAUACACAGCAACUCAAUGCAUUCCUGGAUAUGAAGGAGCAAGAGAUGAUUUAUGUGAACUCCUUCCUCAUGGACCGCAGCGAUAUCAAACUUACGCCCUCUCAGAGUCAGCUGCAGCGUGUUGUCCUGGAUCGCAAGUUGGACUUUGUCCUCUCCUUUACGUUCACCUCGUUAUGGAAUAAGGAGCCAUACUUAGAUAAUUUAAAGCUCUGGCUUCAGAACCAACAUAUGAAGAAACCGGACGACGCAGCCCUGGCCGGGUCUGUCAGUGGGCAAGCCACAUCCAAGCUGUGGUUUCAGCAGAAAGAUAUUCACACAAAAGCAUGGAAUUACUCCAUCUCCUUCCUGAAAUUUGCCACAGCCAAUGCAUCCGGAAAGAUCGGGUAUACUGUGACCUCUGCCUAUGAUGAGGAGCAUCCAGGUGUCACCAUCCAUCUGUAUGCGAAAGGCAUUGAGGUCAGCCCUUCUUUUGAGCCUCCUGUAGAACCUCUCUCUCUCCUGAUUGGCGAAAUCAAGCAUGACCGCAUGCAGCUCACCUUCAAGCCAGCAGCCUUCGGAGAGGCUUGGAUAACUGGCUAUCGAGUAGAGUACAAGAUGAAAACGGAGGAGGAGGAAAAGGGGGAGAAGAAGGAAACGGAGGAGAAGUGGGUGGGUGUGGAAACAGAAAGCAAACAAGAGAUGUUCACAUUAACAGGGCUUCGUCCAAACACCGAGUAUAUGUUCCGAUACGCGUCAGUGAGUGCUCCAGGUGUGAGCUUGACCUCAGAGAUGAAGGGGACGGUCAAGACACGCCCCGUUAGUGCUCCAGGGAUGCCUGUGCCCAUUGCUGUGGGUGUGACAACCAUUGCCCUCACCUGGGAAAGCCCAGAUAUCAUUGGCAAGGGCUCCAUUAUAAAGGAGUACAGGGUAGAAUACAAGGAAGCUGGAGACGGAGGUCCCAAGGGGAAGGACGAGUGGCUGGUACGUCGGACGGGGAGAGCGCAGUUCUGUCACGUCGAUGGCCUGAGCCCACAGACACCUUACCGAUUCCAAGUGACUGCCGUGUGCAUGGACGGGGCAGAGAGUGCCCCUAGUGAGGAGACUCGUGUUUCAACAGUAAUGGCAGACAAAUCCAAGCAGUUCACACAGGAAUUGGUCAAGAAGAGCACCUUGGUGGAAGAAGGGCAUCCAUCACUUUAUGCCCUCCCCUUAGAGAAGGCAAAGGCGGCCCCAGAUGCACUGUACCGGAGGUACAGCCUGGGAAAAGCCAACCCUCAAGUCCCCAGCAAAGCUGUGGUGAUAUGGGAAGACACCUUCAGAUUCAAGCUGACCCAGGAAGCAGCAGAGGAACCCAGAUCGGAGAGCCCAGCCCUGGUGUCUGAUGUCUAUGAGAUCCAUUACAAUGAGACCUUCAAAAUCCCCUUCUCCCUCAUGCUUGUAGACAUCCCAGAGAUUGAGGAUGAGAACAGGUUCCAGAUGGCAAAACAUAUCCAAGCCGUGCUGGCUGCCUUGGGCCUCACUGGGGGCAAUAGUGCUCUCAUCUAUUUAGUCGGAGCCUCCCAACCUGAGGCUACGGUGGCUCAGUCUUAUGUGUUGGCUCGCAUUUCUCAUUCUUUCCCUGAGGAAUACAAGCUCCUGCUUCUAGUGGGUGCAGAUGGCCAAACGACUCCUUUCGUAGAAGACUUCAUCAAGGCCAACUUCCCCUUGACUUACUUCAAGUGCAAUACUUCAGCUCUGCUGGCCAAGAAUGCCAAUAACGAGAAGAACGUGCACAUUUUUAAUGAGAAGUCCUGGGGGGUAUACACUCACAGCAUGGAAACUUUGUUCUCAGAUUUCCAGUUCUUUAAGACCUAA